AUAAGUCUCAAUAAAGCUGUACGUUUAGGACCAUCAAAUUUAAUGGUCAAACCUUCUGCUUCAUCCCCUGCUGGAUAAAAUACUCACAAAACCAGAACCCCGCACACACACACACACACAAAGGUGAGAUUUUCUCAAUUCCUCAGAAAGAGUUUGCGAAAAUGCUGUCUUGCUCAACUUUGCCAGUAAUGAAUAAGGAGGCCCUCUUUCUUCCUUCAAAACGAGCACUAUUUCUUACUGAUCCUCAUUCUUCCUCUGUUUUGAGAUCGGGAUUGAGAAGAAGAGAUGCUGCAAUGCUGAGUCCUAAAAGUACAAAAAAUCAAGCAGUUCUUGUUCUUGCAAAUUCAAAUGGGUCUCCAAGAAAAGGAAGUUCAGGCAAAGAGAUUAUCAUGGUUGAUCCUUUGGAAGCCAAGCGAUUAGCAGCGAAACAAAUGGAACGAAUUAAAGCAAAGGAGCGGUUCAAGAGACAACGUCAAAUUGAAGCCAUCAAUGGUGCAUGGGCCAUGAUUGGUCUGACCGCAGGAUUAGUAAUUGAAGCUCAAACUGGACAUGGCAUUCUAUCUCAGUUGGCUGGAUACUUGGCUGCUGUUACUGGCUUUUUCCACGGAUAGAACAUGGACCCCAGCGUGGUUCAGUCAGGACGUGUAAUAUCCGAUAGCAGAUUUGUGUACCAUGUUAGGCCUUAUUCUUUUGCCUGUUAUUCUUGUAGAAAGGUUUUGCGCAUUGUAUACCAUUUGAUCAUUUUUUGCAUUGCUACGGACUCUGCCUAACCUUCAAAGAAUUUUGCCCAUACAAAUACAGUAAACUCGUUCCUCUGGAUGAAUUUCUGGUUUAGUUUGCAAAUAAUUUGGUUACUGUUGGAUUUAGCCAUGUUGAAUAAUGAACUUGAACACAUUAACAAAGUCCUCUUUGUAUGAACUUUUAUUUUAUGUUUCUUUCCC